CUUCCUGGCUCCCGGAAGUGGAGGGUCUACACAGAUCGCCGCUGGGUCUGGGUGCCCGGAGGCGGCAGCGCUCUCGAAGUUCGCUGGCUGUGGCCUCCGACCGCCAUGUCGGCCUUCGACAACAACCCUUUUGCGGACCCAGUGGACGUGAACCCCUUCCAGGAUCCCUCUGUGACCCAGCUGACCAACGCCCCCCAGGGUGGCCUGGCUGAAUUCAACCCUUUCUCAGAGACAAAUGCGGCCACCACGGUUCCUGCCACACAGCGCCCCGGGCCCUCGCAGCCAGCGGUUCUGCAGCCCUCCGUGGAGCCCACGGAGCCGCACCCCCAGCUUAGGCAGGCCAGCAAGUUCCUUCCCGCCCGGCUGCUGGCGGCGGGCGAGCUCUCAGAGAGGCAGAUGCUGCUAGGAGGAGAUAAUAUCCUCAGAGACAGCUACCUGCGAAAGCUGCCCAAGGCUGUGGUGGCUGCAGCCCAGGCAGGCCUGCUCCGGCAGCAGGAAGAACUGGACAGGAAAGCUGCUGAGCUCGAGCGCAAGGAGCGCGAGCUACAAAACACCGCAGCUAACUUGCAUGUGCGGGAGAACAACUGGCCCCCCCUGCCCUCUUGGUGCCCCGUCAAGCCCUGCUUCUACCAGGACUUCUCCACCGAGAUCCCCGCCGACUACCAGCGCAUCUGCAAGAUGCUCUACUAUCUCUGGAUGUUGCACUCACUGACUCUGUUUCUGAACCUGCUUGCGUGCCUGGCCUGGUUCACCAGCGACAUGGCCGGCGGCGGAGGAACGGCCUUCGGUCUCUCCAUCCUGUGGUUUGUGAUCUUCACCCCCUGUGCCUUCCUUUGUUGGUACCGACCCAUCUACAAGGCUUUUAGGUCCGACAACUCUUUCAGCUUCUUCGUGUUCUUCUUCGUGUUUUUUUGUCAAAUAGGGAUCUACUUCAUCCAGUUGAUUGGCUUGCCUAACCUGGGCACCAGUGGUUGGCUGGCAGCCCUGUCUUCCAUUCAUCAAGGACCCUUGGCUGUGUCGAUCAUCAUGAUGGUGGUCGCCGGCUUUUUCACCCUCUGUGCUGGCCUCUCACUCUUCCUCCUCCAGCGGGUGCACUCCUUCUACCGGCGCACGGGAGCCAGCUUCCAGCAGGCCCAGGAGGAGUUCUCCCAGGGCAUCUUCAGCAACAGAACCUUCCGCAGUGCUGCCACCUCUGCCGCCCAGGGAGCCUUCCAGGGCAACUAAGCCUCCUGACUGCCCUCCUGCCCCGGCCUCCUCUCUCGCCUGCCUUCUGAGCUGCACUUGCCAUGGGUGCUUUAUGCAGUGGCUCUGCCCAGCACAGACCUGCGGGGUUCCUUCCUCAGCAAUCAGCGCCUCCCCCAGGACCCCAGGACCCCAGGGAAGGGCGGGGGCAGGGACAGGGAUUUUUUUUUUUUUACAUGCGAGAAAAGCAAAAAUAACAUAACUGUCUUUUCCUUCUCUGGUAAUGGUUUGGUAGGGGUUUUGUCUGGAAGCAAAAAGUCCUUUUGAGUGAAAGCUGUCUUUCCUCCUGAAACACGCAGGAGGACGCACACGCGUGCACAUACACACGAGAUCAUUGCCGAGCCAGGCCCCACUCCACCAGGAAUAGUUAGCUGGCAGCCUAGACUCCACUCCUUUCCGGUGGGCCUGGCCUCAGUCAGAUUCUGUGGGUAGAGCCUGUGGCCUCACCACGCCUGCCCCACCUGCUCAGGCUGGAUAGCUCCCCCCUUUCGGGGGCUGCAGUGUGGAGGAGCAGGCUAGCCCGUCGCUCUUCUCCCCAGAUCACUGUGCAGUGGUCUCCAGGACCUCCAGGCUGGCUACCCAUAUUCCUCAUGGACAGAUCCAAGCCACCUUUAGGCCCCUGCAUGGUCCCAGUGCGCCUACCCCUGGUGCCCCUGGGAGCCCUCCCCGAGCCCUUCAGACUUUCUGAAUGUAUAAUGGGUCGGUUGGCCUUGGAGGAUGGGGAGAGAUGGACAAGGUUGUUCACAGGGCUGUGCUGCCCAGUCUCUGGCAGUGUUUUGGGAAGUCUGGCUUCCCGGUAUGAUCUGCUUGGCUCUGUUUGGUUUGACUUCCUGUCCUCCCGUAGGCCCGCUGCCCUGCCCUGUGCCUUAGCCACACUCCCAACCUCACCCUCAGCAGUACCCAGCUUGGAUGGCUCCUAGGGAGGGCGGGGGUCACCCCAGAAACCGGGUCCUGCAGGCGGGACUGCCGAACCACCUUUCCUGGCUGUCUCCCACACCGCAGUAGAGGCUAGGUCCCCUCCACUCUAGUGGUCUCCGGGUGUGUCUCGGCAGCGGGCACCAGGAGGCCCCGGUGAAGCCUGCGCCCUGCCCCGCAGAGCUGGGCAGCUGGUGUGGGCGUGGAACUCGGCCCCAGCUGCCAGCCUCGGCCCGUGGGCCCAGCCGGGGCCGUCAGACCGCACCGGUCUACACCCGCGGACGACAGCCACCAGGGUUUUGUAAACUUUCUGGUAUUUUUUUUCCUCCAUGUACAAAUGUAUAUGUAUGUCUCCAUUUUUGUGCUUAAAUAAAGACAUUUUCAGAGA